AUGGACGGAUCAGUAACCACACAACGGACUCGCUCGCCGCCCAUCCGGCCAGCGCGACCCGAGCUAGCAGCCGACAAUGUCUCGUAUGGACGGCCUUCAGCUGAAUACUUCACCUCGGUGACGGCGGCAGCACAACAGCCACAACCCCAGGCAGACGGAGAAGGCAGCACAGACACGACCUCCAAGCCCCGCAAACGCAAGUCGGCGCGGUACUCGAUUGGCAAUGGCACAGGACCAGAUGGAGCAGAGAGGAAGGGCUCAAUACGCAACGCCGUGCGCCGCUUGUUUGGAAGAAAGUCAAAGGCCGACAUUCCCGAAGUGCCUGCCUUGCCACGGACAGAAGCCUCGCGCCAUGGCUACCACAAGAGCGACCCCGGCCAACCCAAGCGACCGCAGACGUUUCACACGCAUCCAUCCGACGCCAUCCACCAGCGAAUCAUCUCUGCGCCCUUGGCUACUCCGCUCGCUGGUCCUCUCUCCGCUCCUUUCCAGUCGCAACACCCAUCCCUCUACAGGAGUAACAGCCCAGCACACGCAUCGCCCAAUAAUGCCGUCGAAUUCCCCAAGAGCGCCCGUCUGAAGCCUCUAGACUUGGGCAACCCAUUCUAUACCCGUGAACAUGGCCCGAAGCGGAGGGCCACAUUACCCAGCCUGAUCAUAACUGCCAACGAGGCCGCCGACAUCUCAGACCCACCGCGUCAGGGUGAAGACACAAAAGCCACGGAUGCAAGCUUUGGUGUCGGACAGCAGACGGUAGACACAAAGCAGACAUCCGCUGGAUUGACUGUCACGUCGAGGAUGGACAAGAGGAGGUCGCGCAGUGCCAACGAUUUGAAGCAAGCUAUGAUCGCUGCUGAACCUUUCCGGGACCGUACUGGCGAGAUUGAGUAUUGGCGACGGAGCUAUGCCAGCGUGCUCCUCAGUCCGACUGGGAAGGCUCCCAUCUACGAUUAUCCUCCGGCCGAUGCCGAAUUUGACGAAACCCAUGUGCCUGAUGUCCCUGACGUGCCCGAAGUACCCGAGCACUUCGUGAGGGAGCCCGAGUUCGUCUCGGUCCCGACACCACUGUCGGCACAUCCACCUCUGCCACGCUCUGAUGCUGUCUCGCUUCCGCCGACACGCGGUCCAUCGGUGCCUACCAAGAAUCUAUCACCGCAGUUGACUCUGCGCUCCUUCAGCCGCCCGCUGACUACGCCUGCUCCGGAUGCUACAACUGAUCUCGAGUCCCGUGUCGCCAAGCUCGAGGCUCAUCUCAUUGAUUUCCAGCGCUCGCUGUCCAACCUUGCCCUCUCUAGCCCAUCAGCCGUAGCCCCGACCGAGCCACCGGGAUCCUCGCAUCGCCAGAAACCUCCCAGCAUCUUUGUUGAACCCCUGCAAGCCCCCGCUCGAGCUUACGAAGAUGCUGGCGAUAUCAUGGAACGCGAAUGGGGGCCGAGCAGCCAGAGUAGCACAAACGGCGAUCGCUUCAACCUUGCUCCUCCAACUCUGCGUAGCACCGCUGUCACGGCUAACGGAACUUUCACCGCCCUCUACAAUAUGCUCUCCGAAGAGCGUUCCGCCCGCCGCACCCUCGAGAAUCAAGUUCGCAAUCUCCAGCACGAAGUCACCCGCCUGCAACUUUCGCGUGGUAGCUGGGGCAGCUACUCGGCACAGGCCCUUCCACAAGGACAACGACCUCGCACUCCCGCCGAGUCAGAUGGUGGCCGCAGCGCCUCACGCCUAGAAGCAUACAACGCCCUAUCUACACCCGCCACUGUUGUCCCCCCUCCUCAGUAUUUGCGUGCCUUCGAUAGACCUGACGCUCGCAUCCAAAGUCGCUUUUCUGGUGACUCUGGCGAAGACAGCGAAUACGGCUCUCGCCAUCGUAGUGCGCUUGUCGACAGUGGCCGCAGGAGUAUUCCUCGCAGCUCGGUCCGCCAAACGCCGCCGAACCAUGAACAUGAACGCAUCGAGCCACCAACUCCCUACGAAAAUUACCGCACACCUGCCGAAGAGAGGGGCGCCUAUCGAUUCAGUGAAGACGAGAUGUUCUGA